GUCCGCGAGCUCGUGGUAUGAGGACGUGGGUAAUGCUCGAAUGUCCGAUCGCAAUUUGGUUUGCCGGGUCUAUUACUGAAAUAUCGUUGAAAACAACAUAACGACCGUUGUUAUAGAGGCUCGUUUAGACUAUGCAAUAAUUACACUUGUGCGUUUAAGGAUAUAGGAGCGAUGCUUUUUAAUAAAUAAUUGCUACGGGGAGGCCUGAACAAUGGCUACCUAGUGCUGAGCCAGUACAUCGAUACUCGAUAAAAUGAUGUGGCUGGUAUUCCUGCUGCCCGCGCUGGUCGCGGCGGCGCCAUCACCUAGUGAUGUCGACACUUGUAAUCCGGAUAAGAUGACGGUGUAUAAAAUGGUAUUGCAUACGUAUUGGACCAGGGAGAAGUUCCCGAAACAUUAUCCGGACUGGCGACCCCCGGCGCAGUGGUCACGUAUCUAUGGUGUAUCCCACAGCCGGUCCUACACCCUAUUCCGACUCGGUCGCAGAGUAUCACUGCCAGUCAAGCAAUUCGCGGAAACUGGCAGAUUGGACUCCCUCGGCUCCAGCCCGGGGACACUGGAUGUGUUCGGGGCACCUGCGAUUGGACAAGGCACUGGGCGCACUGAAGCCGAAUUCUUUGUAGAUGGCAAUCAUUCUAGGGUAUCAGUCAUGGCUAGAAUGAUUCCAUCACCGGAUUGGUUCAUCGGAGUGGACAGUUUUGAUUUGUGCGUUGAUGGCAACUGGCUGGAUAGUAUAACGAUUGAGGUUGAUCCACUCGACGCGGGUACAGACAACGGUUUCACAUUCACAGCACCGAACUGGCCGACGGCUCCACAAGGAGUGGCGUACCGCAUAACCUCGCGUUACCCCUCCCACCCCGCCGGAUCCUUCUUCUACCCGCACUUAAGAAGAUUACCUCCGAUUGCAACGUUUCAGUUUAUUAAACUGCGCGAAUACGAGCUCUCCGAAGUAUUUCACCGUGACAGCGACGACCGAAAAUACGAUGUGCUCCAGUUGGAUAAAUUAAACCAUAAUAGUAUCGAUGUGCUUGACGGCAAUCGAGCUCUUUCUAUUGCUGACGAAGUAGAGAGAGCUGAAGCACCCAGAAUCUACGCAGAAGGUUCAUUAACAACGCCGGAUGGUGCUUAUUCCUAUUAUUCAAUAACGAACAACGCGAGCACAACAGAAGAGCCGAGGUCAGCCAAUGAGCUGCCCACAUCUGGGCCCACGGCUAGCGAGCGGUCCGCGUUGCGCAGCUUGGCCCGGCGGUACAGAGCGAGGCGCCGCCGUAAAAUGCGAGCCGAUAAUACGGACCCAGCUGAGAGGAGAAAGAGAAAAAGGACAAAGCUACUUGAUUGUCGAGUGUCGGACUGGGGGCAGUGGAGCCCUUGUCGAAGUGAAGGCGGCUGUGUCGGCUCUGCGCUACGAACAAGAAGAAUAAUCCGACGACAACGAACCGGCGGAAAUCCUUGUCCGCCUACAGCACAAUCUCGGUGGUGUGCCACCAACUGCACUGCGGCACAACCGCAGGAAGACUGGCGAAAUAACCUCACGUAAUUUCGAUCUAUUCUUAUUUCAAACGAAUUAUUUUUUUAAGCGUUCCUUUUGUAAGUGGCCAGUAGUUUCUUUUCACGCACAUGUUUGUUUCUUUCACAACCUUUUUGCGUUGGCAUCUGUACUGUCCGUCCAAAUAUAUUUCAUUUCGAUUCCAAUCUCUUUAUGAAUUUUCGUUUCAAUGUGAGUUUGUGGUGUGUAAAAAUAUGGUUAAAAUUGCUGUAUAAAAUAAUUUAAUAAGAGAUGACUGUCGAUGUUCGGUAUAGGUAGACUUCAAUUGUUUGCCGCUGUACCUAUAAGAGCUUUUUCUUAUUAUUUUUGUUUGUCAAUUAAUGUUAGUACUAAGAAUAUAAUUAAGUUCAAACAUUAUCAUGAUUAUUGUAUAAGAUAUCCUUGUGUUACCCACCACAGUCUUUCAUAAUUAUUUUUUACAAGAAAUAACUCUAUAUAAAGUUAUAUAAUUGUAUUUUAAUAUAAUUAAUCCUUCUUCGCUUCAGUACAAAAUUAUUAUUAUCACAUACAAAUAAAGAGUUGUUUAACUAUAAUUUGUAACAAUUGUAAAAAUGCACUACAAACUAAACUUUCGACUAUCCAUACCAACAACGCGCUGCAUACUUUUCCAUUAAUACCAUAGACAAUUAGAUAAGUGUUGCUAUAAAUAAAAAAUAUACAACCUCGUUUGCCUUCGUAAUAGUUAGAAAUAGCUAGAAAUCAUAGUAAUAUCAAUAGUCCGCAAGUGGUUAGUCAAUUAGUACUAUAGGACGUUAAUCUCUAAAAUAAAAUACAUAUCGCUUAAUUCAUCAACUUUGUGACAGUAUUUCAAUAAUAAGCAUGUAGACUUGUUUAAUGUGGGAUAUAUGUGAAAGCAAAGUCGCGUGUCAGUUAAAGCAAUUUACAUUAAAAAUAUUUAAUAUUACUGACUCAUAUAUUUCAUAUCUUUAAUAAUAUAAAUCCUAUUUCAAGCUUUAUCGUUUUUAAAACAAAUAUUUAUAUGAAGAUUUAUGUUCAUUAUUAAUUGUGGUAUCUAAUUAUUAUUCGAGUACGGUACUCAAAUAAUACCUAAUAUUGUAUUAUACUUAUAUAUUUAAUAGAAUGUUUGAAGGUAUUAAUACUGAAACUUAACUGGUAUUCCAAAUUUACUACACGCGAGUUUUCUUUCAUUUCAAAUUUCAGACAUCCGUAAAUACUCCAAAGAUGCAGCUUUUAUUUUUAAUACAUUUAAACGUUAAGUAGAUAAGUUUAUAUCUAGCGUAAGUUACAAUCAAAGCCUUCUGUGAGAUAAACUUAGAUUUGAACUCUAUCUAUAACAUAAUUGAGGUUAUAUGCUAAAUAUAAAGUGUUACGUAGAACUUUCUCGACUACUAUGAAUAUCCCUUAUUUUCUUCAUGAUAAAUGAAUAAGAAAUUUGGGAAGAAAUAUAUUUUAUUAUGUACUGAUGAUUUUUUUAUUUAAGCCAAAGAUACUAGGAUAUAAUUUUACCUUUCUACCUAAUUAUCGUAUCAGUUUCUGAUAUUAAAUUUGAAGUUUUAUUUAAUCACUAUAUGGCCUUGAAUGGCCUAUGGAAUGUAAAGCAAUGUUAUUAAAAUUAUUCAUACAGAUUACGAUUAUUGAAAUAUGCUAUUAUCAUUUAAUAUUAAUGCAUUAUAAUUGUAUUAAUUUAGUCAGAGUUAUUGCAGCAGUUAAACGUGGAAACCAUUCUGGAGCCAAAAAUUGUUAAAAUUAGCGUAACAAUUACCGAGUAUGUGUAUUUUUUACAAUGUAAAUUAUUCUGAUUUCGA